CAUCAUUUCAUUUUUAUUUAUAUGGGGAAAAUAAUUACAAAUAGCCCUAAUUAAACGUUGCUUAAAUUUUUUCCCAAGAGCGUCUCGCUGCUCUUGACUGCGCUUUUUCUUUUUCCUUUCUUCCGUUCUCCCAUUUCCAGAUUUGCUGAUGUUGAGUCUCACAGUCUACAUUUGAAGUUGCCUGAACAAGUUCUUACUAGAGUAAGUUCACUUGCAGGGAUGUUCUGUCGCCCGGAAGUUUGACAUGGUGACGAGCAUACCCAUUUAGCCAAAAUGAAUGGCCACAAUUUGUUGGAGGUCACUUUCAGGGAUAUUCUCCAUGUGAUCAAGCCUUCAAAAGGAGAUUGGUCCGUCAGAUUUCUUAUUAUUAAUGAAAUCCGAGAUAUUGUUGGAUCUGUAGAGAGCCUGAGAGGUGCAACUGUAGAACCAUUUGGAUCUUUUGUAUCCGAUCUCUUUACGAAAUGGGGAGAUUUGGAUAUAUCCAUAGAGUUGCAGAAUGGUUCAUAUAUUGCAUCUCCUGGGAAAAAGCACAAGCAGAGUUUACUGGGAGAUGUGUUAAAAGCUUUGAGACAGAAAGGUGGAAUUCGUAGGCUUCAGUUCAUCUCCAACGCUAGGGUACCAAUUCUGAAGUUUGAGACCAGGUACAACAUCUCAUGUGACUUGUCAAUCAACAAUCUAAGUGGUCAAAUGAAGUCAAAAAUGCUAUUCUGGAUUAACGAAAUUGAUGGACGCUUUCGUGAUUUGGUUUUACUGGUGAAAGAGUGGGCCAAAGCUCAUCACAUUAAUGAUUCAAAAUCUGGAUCCUUAAACUCAUAUUCCAUCAGUGUAAGGACUGUUGCUGAAAAACGCAUUGAAGAUAUAUGUGGGGCAAACAUACAUAGAAUCAGAUCAGAUAGGUCGAGAUUGAUCAAUCGAUGCUCGUUGUCAGAUUUGUUCAUUUCCUUCCUUGCAAAGGUUGAAGAUCCUUUUGAGCAACCAACAAAUACGGCUAGGACAGUUGGUUCUAACCAAUUAGCAAAGAUAUCAGCUGUGAUUCAAGCAACUCGUGGAACACUCGUCUCUGCAAAUAAAAAUCAAAUGUCUCUUGUUUCUGUUCUGGUGGGCCCACAUGCUUUGUCGCAGUUGGUACCGAGGACAGCUGGCCCAGCCGCUACUCAAACUCCACAAUCUGCACCAAGGACACCUCAUACUUUGUCACAGAGGACAGUUGGCUCAACAGCUACUCCAAGGACACCUCAAGGGAAAAACGGACGCGUGGAAAAGCAGGCAAAUCACAAGCCUCAGAACAAAAGAGCUGAUAAACGUCCGAGUGGGGCCCCAAGUGCACCACCACCUAUGCAUGCUUCCACAAGUCAAAAGCAGCAAGUGUGGAGGCCAAGAUCAAAUUCCAAGGUCGAUCAAGGUGGUUUCGAUGACUGAGUACCAUCAAUACAUUCGUAUAUGUUGCAGUUUAUGAUGUGAAUUAAUUUUGGUGUAUUCUUCCUUCCGUUUUUUUGGAAGAGAACCAUGAUGAACGUGGGCUAUGUUUCAUGAGCAAUUUCAAAAGAAGAGAUUUUGGGGAAGUGCUGUUUGCCUAUGUCAUCAUGAAACCUUGGAAGUAAUAUAUCAUUUGUUAUGGUUGUAAACAAUGCUAUUGUACUCGAAGUUAUGUUGAGCAUGAGCACGAAAGUGAUUUUGCGUUGGUUAAUCUUGCAUUGAUGAUUUACUCUAGUAGAGUCCCUGUUCAGAACGUUUGAAAACCGGAAAAAGAUGGCGUUCAUCGACAGAGACCAACUAAGAAUACACACAUCUUUUAACUGCAAAAUCUAAUUAAGCGUCACACUUAGACGAAGUUGUGUUUAUUGUUAGGUGCACUGGGGCAAAGCAAUAUUUCCAGUUUUGGGGGUUCCAAAAGGGGUAUAUGGAAACACAUACAAACUCUUGAAUGCGGUCUCAAAAGGUGUAUAUGGAAGCACAUACAAAGACUUGACUGGAAAAGGGACAUAAACAAAUUAGGGUAUAUCCCAGUUUCUGAGGUCUCACAGGGGAAUGAAAACACAUACAAACUCAUGAAUGGAAAAAGGGAAGCAAACAAAUUCUCUCUCGCAAAUGGAUCCUUCAACGGUUCUACCUAAUAAUCUCUCCAGAGAAGACAAUCUUGCCCACAAUUCUUCUCAUAUGCUUAUUGACAUAUAAAAGUGAUCUCCAAAAACAACACCGGUGUUCACUACAAACUGAAAAGAGACGGACCAAAAACAUCGUAUCAAUAGAAGAGGCGGAGUCCACAAAAUAAGCUUAAUAUUGGAACAUAAGUAUCAUCAGCUACAAGUUUUUCGACAACAGUAGAAGCAAACAUGCUAGAUUAUACAUUACGCAUCUAAUCUGGUUUCUAGUGAGCAUUCAUAUGCAUUGGAAAGCCCACAACACUAAGCCCGCCUCCUCAGCCUGCGGCCAUUGUUAUCCACAGACUGGGACCCACCAUCCACAGCCAGAUCCAGCCCAAAUAUACUGCUCCCACUCCUCUUCUUACCAUAUAAAAGAUUCGACUUCUCAUCCACAGAGGCAACAGUUUCCAGCAACUCGGACAAGAGAGAGGGGCAGCUCUGUUCCAAGUGUCUGAAACCGUCUGAUCGCAUCACCACUAGAAGAAGACAAUGUCAGAACAGAACAAGCAAGUAUAAUUUCUUUUAUGGCAUUUAAGAUUGAACCUCAGGGAAGACUUAUUAUAACUGUUAUUCAAAUAUAAUAUAUUGGCCAAGCUCUUUCCAACAUUUGCUAACUGUAAAUUAUAUGAUGCAUAUUGAUGCCAUACUUUAACUGCGUGGUCUUCUAUUCUCUUGUGUGAAGGUGCACAUGGCUUAAAAAUAUGGUUUUUUUCACUCACAAAUUAUAGUUAGUUUAUAACAAAAAUUGAUACAACACAACUGCGCAUAAACUAAUCAUGUGAAAUCUCCAUGACAGUCUUCGGUCAGAGGCAUUAUGUAUGAAAAUUAAUUCCAUCCAGCCACAUGUUUUUGACACAAGGUAGCAGACCCAUGCUAGAUAAAUGAGUAUGCACAUACUACGAAGAAUGGCUGUAAAAUCCAAUCCUAUUUUACAGGAAAAUACAAACUGCGGCUUCAAUGAGUGUGACAACAAUCACUCAUUGUGCAUUAUUUAACCCUCAUGUAAGGAGUCCUAGAUGGAGAGAGAACAAGAAUCUGAAAUAAUUGUCGUCCAAAUGAAAAACCUAUUUUCCAGCGUGACUACAAUCACAUUCAUUGAAUUGGCCAAUUCUAAAAUUCAAAACAAUUUUUUGGUAGUCAUCAGAUUGUGCAGAAAAAUAUGUCUAGGUUCAGAUUGGAGACUUAUAGAAGCCACAAGAAUUGGUUAAAUUUCUAUGACCAACUAAACAGAUAUAGAGGAAUAUCCCUGGUGUGCCGACAAUGUUAAUGCGUCACUAUAGCACAUUCUGAAUAUUAUAAGUGGAAGACCAUUACAUCCAUUUACCAUGACAAAUGCAUUUACUUGCAUCAAGAGUGUGCCUGCUCAUAGCAGAUAAAAGAAAAUUAAUAUUUACAUGACCUGAAAUAGUGAACCGCUCAGAUCUACGGACUACACGCACCUCCCAAGUUUGUUGCCGCAAAUUUUAAACAAAUAGCCUUAAGCUGCAUGCAGUGAUGCUGCUCUGCCAGGGAAAGAGUGGUUGCCACUGUAUCAGCACAGACCUCUUCACAUAGUUUCACUUCACACAAUUGUUUCAACCUAUCUAAACCAAACCGGUCAGCCGCAGCCAACAGAUGUUGCAUCAAGAUUGCAGAAGGUGCAGAAGCUGAACUAGUUAUUUCAUGAAAGUUGGGGAACUCAUCAGAGUAAAUAAACUGGAGCAGUGCCUGAAUAUAGAAGGCUCCACAUCUUCUAGUUCCACCUCAUUGCUAUCUAGAUUUCCAACAAGUCCGAAAAAUUGAGCUUUGAACACAGGAGAUCUGGCUGCAAGAAUUAACUUGUGAGCUUUGAAUGAUUCUUCCCCAAGUCGGAAAGUUACAUCGCAGCCAAUUUCAGAUUCAAGCAGAUGCUUAAGACUUUGACCCAUAUCUGAUGGAGGAACGGAAACACUGAGCAACUUUGGUCCCUCAACACGAUUUCGAACAACUCCCACAGUACAAUGCACAGAAAGACAAUCAUCUUUUAAGAAAUCUGAAGUUUCCAAGGAAGUUCUUCUGAAAAAUCGCUAGCAUUACCACAUGCUCCCCUUGUACUUCAGCGUAUAAGGCCCGCUCUCCAGCGCUCGAUCAAAGUGACUAUGCACCUUAUGCUUCCCCUUCCCACUUUGAUCCAGAAGAGUAAGCUCAAACAGCGCCCUCACAUCAGUGCCCUCGCUAGCCAAGGCGAUAAAUAUCGAGACAUGCAUUGAGGAGUCCUCCGGGUUCUUCCCAUCGGGAUAAAAGUAAAUCGCCCAAUCAUAUCCCCCUAUGUUGAAAGUAUCCGACGAGAUGUACCGCCCAGGGCCCAUGCCCUUGGCCAGAGAGUAGCCGCGGAUGGUGAAGUGGUGCGAGCCAUUCACUGUCUCGUUUAUCGACCUCGAGCUGGAGUCCAGGGUGUUGUUUGGGUCGCCGGAGUUCACGAUCAUCUCAUCGGUGUGAAACCCAGGUGGGAUGUAGAGAAGAUGUUGCCGGUUACAGAGGUGGAAUUCUGGGGAGGGGUUUCGAUCGACGGGCUUUCGAGUUUCGAGAAAUGAUGGGAUUUCUUUUUUCUGAGGAUGAUUGAUUAUCGAUGGCCAGUUAUUCUUACCACAGAGGGUUAGUAGAAAUUUAUCGCGGUU